CGCGGAGUCUACCAAGCUCGGGCUUCUAAAAUUCCUAUCCUAUCCUGCUGGUCAUAAAAUGGACAUUCUUGCUUGAAAUGUCCAUCUUCUGAACAAAAAAAUUAAUCUACCUCCGUCGGACUUCGGGCCGACCUACUCUCACUCUUCCACCAUGCAGCCUAUUAUUCCAGUGCCCAGCAGUCGUAUUCACAAAGGAUUUACCUCUUCCUCGUCGUUGGCCAGGUCGAGCGGCAAUGCCAACAUGAAAUACGUCCCUCUCGACGAUUCUGCCCUAGGCGUGCACAAAGUCUUCAAUCGCACUUCUCAUAACGUCGUCUCGCCUCCAGCACCUUCCCGUCCCAACCCUGACGACGGCGAGCACCCAGAGAAGGCCUGGGAGGCUGUCUAUCCACAUGGGAGCAUCAACCCCUCAGCUUCCGUUGUAGGCGGGUUCAGUUUCUACGUGGCUGGUCCUGCGGGAUUCCUGGACGGAGCAGUGAAAGAAGCAAUCAUGGGCUAUCGAGUCAUGUUCCAGCCAGGAUGGGAAUGGGCUAAAGGCGGGAAGCUUCCCGGUAUCUUUGGGGGCGUAGGCGAUGCGUCAUACCAUUGUAGCGGUGGCCGUCAGAACGACAGAUGUCAAUGUUUUGAUGCAAGGCUUAUGUGGCGGCCCAAUGGAGCCGGGGAAAUCUAUACGUAUUUCCCCCUGACUGAAGGCAACGAAACAGCCCUUUUGCGCGUCCCUGGAUCUAGGAAGAAUCCCGAUUAUGGGUUCUCCGUAGGCCUAGGCGCGUUUACCUGGCCGGUGGGAAGGUGGGUUGAUGUUGCAUUUCGAGUCAAAUUGAAUGAGAUAAAUGCGCUGGAUGGCGAGCUUGAACUCUACGUUGAUGGAAAGACAGUAAUCUCCGUUCACGGGUUAAAUAUGAAGAUGUCGAGUGAUUCCAGGAUUAAAGGGAUGCAUUUCCAAACGUUCUUUGGAGGGCAUACGGACGAAUGGGCUUCCCCAAAAAAUCAACAGGCAUGGUUUGGUGACGUUACUGGAAUGAUUCUUGCCUAGUUUCAGAAUUUGGAUCAAAAGGGCCGUUCGUAAACUACAUCCCAUGAAUAUGCUGCGUUGACACCCCUGCGCUUACUUCUUGACG